CUUUCUACCAUUAGUAAUGAAGAUCAUCUGUGCAGGAGCCGGAAAAACGGGUACCAAGUCAAUCGCCAAAGCCCUGCGGCACCUUGGAUUUACGGUGUUCGACUUUGAAGAGCAAACGCUUGACUUCCUAGAUCACUGGGUCAAUGUUUUCCAAAAUGGCGCCAAACCUGAUGUGAAGCGAGUUUACCAGAAUGCCGACGUAUGCGUGGAUACGCCAGGAAACUUCUUCUUCGAGGAAAUACUGGAAGCUUUUCCUGAUUGUAAAGUGAUUUUGAGCGUGAGAGAGGAAGAUUCGUGGAUAGAAAGUGCUGUUCGUCAGUUGGAUUCAUUGUAUGCUAUACGAUCCAAGAUUGUAUCCAUGUUAUCGCCAACGGCGAGGAAAAUGGAGUAUUUUUUGGAUUCCUUCUUCAAUGCCACCAUUGGAUCUUUUAACACCAAGUCCACCUAUGUUAUAAGAAAGCGAUAUCGUAUCCACAACCACCGUGUAAAGUCUAUUGUUCCCGCUGACAAGCUUCUGGUGUAUGACGUAAAACAAGGAUGGAGGCCAAUGUGUGAUUUCUUGGAGUGUGAAGUCCCCACUGUUGCCUUCCCACAUGAAAAUAUCAAAGCUGAAGUUACUAAGAAGAUCAUUACAGGCAGAUAUGGCCAGCAGGUGAAACGGGAGUUUCAGAGUGGUGUCUUGAAAAUCAGUUUAUUUCUUGUAGUUAUUUUAGGAGUAUUUCUGGCCAUCUUUUUGCAUCACUGAGCAUGACCUCAGAGUAAUAACAUUGACAAUUUUGCAAACUUUGGAAAUUCCAGAUACUAUCUGGUCUGUUUUGAGACUCAACUCGAUACUUAUAUACUGCAUUAGGAGAGCUCACUCAUUUGUUCUUCAUUGUCAAGUUCGACAAGACUGUCUAAAAACUUUAAGGCUAAGUAAAAAAAAAAUUCAUUUAAAUGUUUUUGUUUUCUUCGGCCUCGUAAACGUAAACUGUUUUCGCUUUCAUUUAGCAGAGAAUUAGCGGCAGGUAUAUUUUGCAGGUUGCAGGUUGCAGGUUGAAAUUUAAUUAUAA